UACGGCCUUUGAUGUCGCUGUGUGCCGCGUAGCCAGAAAUCGGCUAUCAUCUAAAGACCGGAUUUAGUUUCUUAAACGCUUCACUAAAGACGAGACUGGUAUGCACGCAAUGCAAUCCUAUCUCAAUAGCUUCUCUUGUUUCGUAGAGAACAACUCGAAGACUACAGCUAGAGUCGUUGCUGUUUGUGAAAUCUGCAUGUCUACAGCAGCGAUUAAACGCGGCCGCAGGGACGUUGACGUCGACAGGCUUCGAUUUCAUGCAGCCAUGAUCGACGUCGUACGAUCUAGCGUUGUGCGCUCGUGUCACAACGGAGACUGAAUGCGAACGUGCUGGAUGGAUGCGAACGUACUCAGUGCUGUUUGCUGUUUUUUGACGUCUAAAUCGACCGCAUACAGUCCGGAGUGAGCGAUAUCUGGAAGGGCUUGGAGUUGCAUGACGUCAUCGAAACAAGAUGAGUGGUCUUUCUGUGUUUGGGUAAUCAUUUCAUGUGUUUUGUGCAUUGUUUUGGUGAACACAUACAGUAGCAACCAGGAAGAGACCAAAUCGUUUAAUCGCUGCUGUAGACAUGCAGAUUUCACAAACAGCAACGACUCUAGUCUCGCGUAGCCAGACCCCUUUCCGCCGCGGCCUCGGCGGAAAGGGGUCUGGCUACGCGAGACUACAACGACUCUAGCUGUAGUCUUCGAGUUGUUCUCUACGAAACAAGAGAAGCUAUUGAGAUAGGAUUGCAUUGCGUGCAUACCAGUCUCGUCUUUAGUGAAGCGUUUAAGAAACUAAAUCCGGUCUGUAGAUAGCCGAUUUCUGGCUACGCGGCACACAGCGACAUCAAAGGCAAUACACCAAACCCCAUUUCGCCGGGGAGGCCGCGGCGGAAAGGGGUCUGGCUACGCGAGACUAUCCUGAUCUAUGGACAUGCACAGCUAUGGACAUGCACAGCCGAAAGUCUGCAAGAGACUGUUGUAGAGAUCUGUAUGAACGUCUGUGUGAUCCAUCAUUUAACCUGUACCUUUCAUUCCUCAAUUUCUACCUGCCAAUGUUAGGGGAAGUGCAUGAACUCUGUGAAGAGGAGAAUAUUAACAUUUUGCCUGCAUACAAGAAGAUUCUUUCUAUGAAGAAAUUUUUGGCGGAAGCAAUUGUUUUUGAUGUCGACAAGCCUGAUGACUUGCUACUCAGAGAUGACAACUUGUGGCCUGUAGAUGAAGAAAGAUAUGACCAAGAUCAUGAAGCUGAUGAGAAUGAUGACGAAGAUGAUAAUGGUAUUUCCUUUCCUUCUGGUGAAUUUUCUGAUAUCUGGAAGCAGACAGUUGAGCAUGACUUGUUGACCAGUCGACAGAGACAAUCUUUUCUGGAGAACUGUGCACGUUUUCUUCAUAGGCUAAUACAGAACCCCAGGCAACGGAAAAUUCUUCAGCCAAUAUCACUGCUGUUAUUGACAGGUUUAACAAUGGGUUCAUGGAUGGUCAGUUGGUAGCACGUCAGUAUGGACAAUACAGGCAUGACGAUGAUGUGGAUUUCAUCCUUCAAGAGAAUGAUGGCAAUGUAGUAUCUUUUUGGUGUGACUUGUUUCUGAAUUAUUCUGGAUACAAGGAACUUAGCAAACUCAGCAUCUUGCUCCUAAUUAAGCUUGUCUCCUAACACUUGUGACUGUGAGUGUGGUUUCAGCGUACUUAAUUUUGUUAAAAAUGAAUACAGACGUAAGCUCA